UCGCAGUCGGUAUCACGAAGCAACAGCCAGACUCAGCAUCCGCCAUUUUGGAAAGUGCCGCUCAGGCCCUUCCUUUUUCAAAUCGAAUCUAGUUGUUGAAGAAUCGCCGAUCGCUUCACAUUUCGACACUUCUGGUGGAGAUUGCCAGAAUGACUGACCAGGCGAAAGAGUUUGACGAGUUGGUGUACAAGGCCAGAUUGGCAGAGCAGGCUGAAAGGUACGAUGAUAUGGCCGAGGCGAUGAGACAAGUGACAGAGCGUGAUCAGAAAGCGCUUACCCCCGAUCAGCGAAAUCUACUGUCAGUGGCAUUUAAGAAUGUUGUCGGCGCUAGAAGAUCGUCGUGGAGGGUUGUUUGUAUGAUCGAAAACAAGCCAGAAACAGCGGACAGGAAGAAGGAAAUUGCUAAAGAGUUUCGACAAAGUAUAGAGAAAGAACUGAAUAAGACAUGUAAUGUUGUUUUGGAAUUAUUGGACAAGCAUCUCAUCGAGAAAGCAGAGGACGACCCAGCAAAAGUAUUUUACCUGAAGAUGAAAGGCGAUUACUACAGGUAUAUUGCUGAAUUCUCCGAAGGCGGCAGCAAGGCAGAGGUCCAGCAGAAAGCUCAACAAGCUUAUGAAGAAGCAUACGAAAUCGCAAAGAAAAAAAUGGAAAAAACGCAUCCCAACCGUUUAGGCUUGGCACUGAACUUUUCUGUUUUCUAUUAUGAAAUUCUAAAUUCUCCAGACAAGGCAUGUGCUUUGGCAAAGGAAGCCUUCGAUGACGCCAUAGUAGAGAUAGAUCAACUUGGCUGUGAGGACUAUAAGGACAGUUCACUUAUAAUGCAACUCCUGCGUGACAACCUGACACUGUGGACGUCUGAUGCUGCCUGUGAGGACGAACAGGGGCAGACACAGGAGUGAACACUGAAAAGAAACUGUGCGAAAAUUGGUUGAAUGUGAAGUUGGAACAGUCUCAAUAGUCACUCUUGUUCUCUCGUUUGUCCCAUGGACUCCAAAGCUUGGACUAGUUGAAUUUGCUGCUUGCACACUCUCCAGAAUGACAGUAUCAUGUAUGAAUUACAGAGUUGUGCCAGGAAAGAGUUUUCGUAUUUUGCUUGUUUCCUCUUGAGAAAGCUUGGACACCCAUACUACUGAGUACUGACUCUUCAUAUCAUGUUUUUUCUUGUCCAAAGUUAUAAUAUGAUAUCUGUGAGGAUAGUUUGUUGACAUUUUAAUAACACUGGACAUUUUAGUGGCAUACAGGUAGUGACGGUUUUGUCAGAAUUUUUAAGUUCUCUACUUUAAUUGCAGAAAGAAAGAUAGGCUAACAAUUUUUUAAGUGCUUGAUAAUAUAUAGAUAAGCAACAUGUCUUAAAUUGUUAUGUAAUCUUGAUCAAUAUUAAAGCUCUAUGAUACAUCCACCCAAAUAACUUGUGUUUAUGUUUUUCCAUAGAAUAAAUUAGGACAUGACAAAAUAUACUGUCAGCAAGCACUGGUUCCAUCUAUUCCAUUGGAGUUACCCCCCUUGUCUAGUGCAUGUGCUAGGUCACCGCCACAUUUGAAUGAUCAGAGUGAUCCAGAUAUGACUCAAUGUCUAUUUACUGAGAAUGAUUGAAGUAUUUGUGAUAAAUCAUGACUGUUUUUAGAUUAGUUAGUGUAAUUCUGCUGUUAAUCUUGGCUGUGGCAUAAAUUUGUACAAUUUUCCAUUUACAAAUUGACUUCAUCUAUGAUAUGUAUUGGCAUCUGAAUUAAAGUGAUUUUCAUGUCCAUUUCUAAGCUUUUGAGAAUUUUAAUCUUGACUUUAUGUAAAUUGACACUUUUUAUAAAUCUUGUCACCUUCCACUCUCAUGGCAACAAGGAUUGUUAUGAAACACAA